GGUGCUGGAGGCGGGCCUUGGGGUCGCCGUCCGCUCCGCCGCCUCCCUGGGCCGGGCCGACUCACGUGACUAACGCGGGCUCCAGAACGGCCGGCCGCACUGAGGAAGCGGCGGCAGAGGCGGCGACCGCGGCCGGGAGGUAGCGGCCCGGCGAAGGACAGGCCGGCUGCCCUCUCGGACCGCCGCGGCGGAAGAGAAAAAUGGCGGAGGCCUCGGCGGCCGGGGCGGGCUCAGGCGCCGCUGUCGCCGCGCACCGGUUUUUCUGCCACUUUUGCAAGGGCGAGGUCAGCCCCAAAUUACCGGAAUAUAUUUGUCCCAGAUGUGAAUCAGGCUUUAUUGAAGAAGUGACAGAUGAUUCCAGUUUUUUAGGUGGUGGCGGCAGCCGGAUGGACAAUAGCACAUCAACACAUUUUGCAGAGUUUUGGCGCAAUUUGGACCACACAAUGAUUAUACAAGAUUUUAGACCAUUCCUAAGUAGCAAUCCACUGGACCAAGAUAACAGAGCCAGUGAGAGAGGUCACCAAACUCACACUGACUUCUGGGGACCAAGUCGACCUCCGAGGCUGCCAAUGACUCGGAGAUACAGGUCACAAGGAAGUACUCGUCCUGAUAGAUCUCCAGCUAUUGAAGGAAUAAUACAACAGUUCUUUGCAGGAUUCUUUGCAAAUUCUGCGGUUCCUGGAUCCCCACACCCUUUAUCCUGGAGCGGGCUGCUGCACUCCAACCCUGGGGACUAUGCCUGGGGUCAGACAGGGCUCGAUGCCAUUGUAACCCAGCUUUUAGGACAACUGGAAAACACAGGGCCUCCCCCAGCUGACAAGGAAAAGAUCACAUCCCUCCCAACCGUGACAGUAACUCAGGAACAAGUGGAUACGGGUUUAGAGUGCUCAGUGUGCAAAGAAGAUUACACGGUGGGAGAGGAAGUUCGGCAGUUACCCUGCAACCACUUCUUUCACAGCAGCUGUAUUGUGCCGUGGUUAGAACUGCACGAUACCUGUCCUAUAUGUAGGAAGAGCUUAAAUGGUGAGGACUCUACUUGGCAAACCCAGAGCUCUGAGGCCUCUGCAAGCAACAGAUUUAGCAGUGACAGCCAGCUACAUGACCGAUGGACUUUCUGAAGCUAAAGACCGUCUGAGCCAGGCUGUGGUACUCUUCUUAUCGCAGCUGUAAAUUGUUAUCAAAACAAAAAAUAGGUGGAUUAGGAAUCAUAUAAGAAACCGCAACCCAUAAUAUUAA